AGAGAGAGAGAGAGAGAGAAGAAAGAGAGGGAGAGACAUAUACUGCCAAUUUGCAAAUUUGAUCUUCGUCACCAAAUGGGGAGAGAAGAAAGGAGAAUGGAGAUUGAUCUGUCCCUGAAAAUAGAUGCUAAAGAAGAAGAAGAGGAAGAGGAGGAGGAGGAAGAAGAGGAAGUGGAAGAGGAGGAGAAGGAUGUGGAAGAAGCAAAGGAAACGAUGGAAGAGGAUGAUAAUCAAGAUAGAGAAGUGAUGACAGCAAUAGCUGCCACCGGAGAAGUUGAAGUUGGUGCACCAUUGGAAUUCUCCUUGCAAGAAAACAUGAAGACAGAAGAGUUGUCUGUCUUACAGAUGGAGAUGAGUCGCAUGAAAGAAGAGAAUAAAGUGUUAAGGAAAGUGGUGGAGAAAACUAUGCAGGAUUACUAUGACCUGCAGAUGAAAUUUGCUGCUAUUCAGCAGAACAACCAAAAGAAGGAUCCUCAAAUCUUUCUCUCUCUCAGUGGAAAUGAAAACUCAAGUCAAGAACAGCAGCCAAAUCCGAGAACCUCUAAUGUCAAUAACCAAAAACAAGGGUCGCCAUCACAAGAUGAUAAUGAUGAAGAGAACGAACUAGGGUUGUCAUUGAGGCUUCAAACCAUUUCCAGCCAACGAGAAAUAAGACAAGGAGAUCAGAAGGAAGAUCAGCGCAAGGAAUUAGAAAGUCAAGAGAUUACCUCAAAUGUUGCAUCAGUGCAAAAUAAGCUUGACCAAAGCCAUUUAUCUGCAAUCACGAGCCAUGCUGCUUCCCCACCCAACAGGAAAGCUAGGGUUUCUGUUAGAGCAAGAUGUCAAACAGCAACAAUGAAUGAUGGGUGCCAAUGGAGGAAAUAUGGUCAGAAAAUUGCUAAAGGAAAUCCUUGCCCACGAGCCUACUAUCGUUGCACGGUAGCACCAGGCUGCCCAGUCAGGAAACAAGUGCAACGAUGCCUGGAGGACAUGUCGAUUCUGAUUACAACUUAUGAAGGAACUCACAAUCAUCCACUUCCUGUUGGUGCAACAGCCAUGGCUUCAACAGCCUCAGCAGCAGCAGCUUCCUUCAUGUUACUUGAUUCAAGUAACCCUCUCUCAAAUGGUAUCCCAAACAUCACUCAAGCCACCCUCCCUUACCAAAAUCCUCAUCUGAUAAACUCAGCCAAUCCAUCCAACAAUGUUAGGAACAUGACCCUCAACGACCCUUCAAAAGGAAUCGUUCUUGACCUCACAAACAAUCACCAUUUCGAUCACCAUCAACUGCCAAUAACAGCAAGCUCUUCCUCCCAUUCCUCAGCUCAUCAACAAGCUUUUCCUUGGAUGCCAAGCAGAUUAAACUACCACAAUGCCAACCCUUUACCAAGCAAUGCAUUUGCUACCUCCAGGACAAACGAGAGAGAAUGGAAAUCUGAUGAAGACAAGUCACUAGCUGAAAAUGUCACAGCAAUUGCUUCAGAUCCUAAAUUCAGGGUGGCUGUUGCUGCUGCUAUUACAUCUCUAAUAAAUAAAGAAAGCCAAAACACUCAUCCUAUUCCUAUUGCUUCUUCGUUUGUUGGUAGGGAGGGAGAGAGAGGGAGCUCUAGUACCAACAAUUGGGUACUUGAAUCUCUCUCGGGAACUGGUAAGCCCAUUCAGCAUUCACCUUAGAAGUUAGUAAAAGAUUAAUUAUUUUGGGCAACACUUUGUUUAUUAAACUUUAAAUUAAGACAGAUAUUAAAGGGUAUAUACAAAGGUUAUGUACUUUUAUCUUGUCUACAUUUGCUUUCUCCCUCCUUAAUAAGACUUAUACUGAAA